UUGUCCCCCAUUAUAACCGAAAAACAAAGAAGGAAAAAUCAAAAGAAAAAAAGAAACAGAGAGAUAUAGGGUUUAAGGUUGAUACAAUUUGUGAUCUCGAACAGAGAUUUGCCUCCAGUGCACAGAGGAAGGCUGAAAUCAGCAAAAGGCCGGGGAGCGAGCUCUUCCAUGAUCGAUCAGUCGCCGAUCGACAAGUUGUGAUGAAGCAUUGGUUUGGUGGUCGUGAUCGAUCGCAAGCCUUGCAAUGAGUGGUGUUUGGCCUACGUUUUGUUCCACAACUCCCCAUUUUUUCAAGAUCAUUCUGGAGAAUACUUCUAGAGACAUCAAACUUAAAAUUCCGAAGAAAUUUGUGAAGAGAUAUGGAGAACAUCUCUCAAAUUCAGUAUGUCUUAAGAUCCCAAGUGGUUGUGAAUGGGAAGUGGGAGUGACGCGAAGAGGCAAUAAGGUUUGGUUUGAGAAGGGCUGGCCUGCAUUCUCUAAAUUUUACUCCCUAGACUACGGUGCCUUCUUACUUUUUGGAUAUGAAGGGAAUUCUAAAUUCCAGGUUUGUAUAUUUGAUACUAGUGCCACAGAGAUUGCCUAUCCCAUCCAUAGAGAAGAAUCUGAUAACAUUAAUUGUGAAGAUGACAACUCUGUCGAAGUCCUGGACGAUUUCCCACAUUCCUGCCCAAAAACAAGGGAGAAAUCUCCAUUACCAUCUCCUAGGCCUCACAAGAGAAGAAGAAUAAGUUCAAAUAGUAAAGAAAAUAUUCAAGGGAAAAAUGAUAUUAUCGGAAAAGAAUAUGGUGGAGGCUUGUCUAGCAGUCAAAGUUUUCGGAAAGGAACACAUAAGGUUUGUGGGAGGAUGCAUUCGUCAACAGCUAAUGCAAAAACUAUAGCUUUUGAAAGAGCUAAUGGUUUCAAAUCCGAAAAACCUUUUUUCAGUAGUCACCAUUCAUCCGACAUAUCUCCAUUAUAAUACUUUGAACUUUAUAUCCCUUAUAUGCAGAAUGUACGAGCCAGUUUUGUCAAGAGUUUUGCUACACAAGAGCAACAGCUUGUGAAGCUUCAGGUGGGAGAUAGAUCUUGGCCUGUGAAGUUGAAUAUCUAUGAUAAAUAUUCAACAGCUAAAUUUUCUGCUGGAUGGCAUGCAUUUUCCAACGACAAUUGUUUGACUGAUGGAGAUGUUUGCAUAUUUGAGCUCAUACAAAUGAAUGACGUUGUGCUGAAAGUUCACAUUUUUAGAUCCGUUGAUUAGGCAAGUACGUAAGUAAUGCCAUUUUGUGAGGCGUGUUGAGGUCGACCACAUAUAACUAUCUAGUUUCAACUAUUGUAAAGUUGCAAUUGACACUUUUUGUUGAUGCACAUAACUAUUCCCAAGGGUCCCAUUUGCGUGCAUCCACUGGGACUUGAACUCGUGAAUUCGCCAAUAAGAGGUAUACGCAUUCCAUGAUGUACAUUGUACAAGUAUAUGCACUCUCUCACUCAAUGAUCUUGUACAUUUAUGUGUAAGUCCUA